AUGGAUUUGCUGCAGUUGCCGGAGGGUUGCAUAGCCAACAUCGUAUCGUUGACAACUCCUGAAGAUGCCUGCCGCCUGUCGUUGGUCUGUAAGAUUUUCAAGUCAGCAGCGGAAUCCGACUCCGUUUGGGACAGGUUCCUUCCGCCUGAGACACCCAAGAUCCUGUCCGAGUCCGGCGAAUCUGGAUUAUUGGCCGCCAAAUCCAAGAAGGAGCUUUACCUCGCUCUCUGCGACAAACCUGUCCUCAUCAACGACGGUAAAUUGAGCUUUUCACUGGAGAAAUGGAGUGGGAAAAAAUGUUACAUGAUAUCUGCAAGAGAGCUUGGUAUUAUCUGGAGCCAUAUUCCCCGGUUUUGGACAUGGACUUCUCAUCCUGAAUCCAGGUUUCCGGAGGUGGCUGAGCUUCUUGAGGUUUGCUGGCUUGAAAUCAUUGGGAAACUUGAAACACGCUUGCUGUCCCCAUCGACUCUGUACAAAGCUUACCUUUUGUUCAAGUUUACUCGAAGGGCCAAUGGAUUUGAUCACCUACCUGCGGAUGUCACUGUAGGUCUGGAGGGAGGAGAACAGAGUAAACAGACUCAGUUUCUUCACAACGAAGGGGAGAGAUCUGGGUGGUUGGAGAUUGAGCUGGGUGAGUUUUUUUGUGAAGGGGAAGAAGAUGGGCUGUUGAAAAUGCGUUGUGUGGCGAAGGAGGGUCUUAAUUGGAAGAGCGGUCUUAUUGUUCAAGGCAUUGAGGUCAGGCCUAAGAGGAAGUACUAG